UACGAGGGGGCAUCCCUCCAACGUUCACCCCAUGGGGUAGCCCAGCACCACCUGGUGCCCUCAACUCAGGCAGAAUGGAGUGAGGAGCAAACGGGGAGCCUGACGGAUCAAGAUAGUAUGUGUUUAUUCUGGAAUUGACGCGCACACUCGCACGGGCAUCAUCACCAUGCCAGUGAUGAAGGGGCUCCUGGCACCCCAAAACACUUUCCUGGAUACCAUCGCCACACGCUUCGAUGGAACCCACAGUAACUUCCUGUUGGGUAAUGCCCAGGGGCACCGUGGGUACCCCAUCGUGUACUGCUCGGAUGGGUUCUGUGAGCUCACGGGCUUCGCGAGGACCGAGGUGAUGCAGAAGAACUGCAGCUGCAGGUUCCUGUACGGAGCGGGUACCAGCGAUCAGGUGGCACAGGGGAUGGAAAAAGCACUGGAGGGGAAGGAGGAGUACCAGGCCGAGGUGCAGUUCUACAGAAAAGAUGGAACGUCGUUCUGGUGUUUGUUGGACAUCGUUCCUAUAAAGAAUGAGAAAGGAGAGAUGGUGCUUUUUCUUUUCUCCUUUAAAGAUGUGACGGACACACAUGGCAAGAACCAUCACGGAGAUAAAAGAGACGACGAUCAGCAUCAGAGCGGGAAAAGCAGCAGCUCACGUUUCACUGAUGCCGGCUGGCGCAGACACUCCGUCCUCUGUCAGAUCACCAGUCAGUUCAGACGCGGAGGGAAAAACGACGUCAACCUGAGCAGCAAUAUGUUUGAGAAGCCGUCUCUGCCGGAGUACAAGGUUGCAGCCGUUCAGAAAUCCCGCUUCAUCCUGCUCCACUACAGUAUAUUCAAGGCACUGUGGGAUUGGAUGAUCCUCCUGGCGACGUUCUACGUGGCCGUGACCGUGCCGUAUAACGUGUGUUUUAUUCCGUACAUUGAAUCAGAAACAGCGGCCAGGAGCACCAUCGUCUCUGACAUCGUUGUAGAAAUGCUCUUCAUACUCGAUAUCAUCUUAAAUUUCCGCACCACGUACGUGAGUCAGUCCGGUCAGGUGGUUUAUGACCCGCGGUCCAUCUGCAUCCAUUACGCUGCUACCUGGUUCUUUGUGGAUUUAGUGGCGGCGCUGCCGUUUGAUCUCCUUUAUGCCUUUAAUGUCACUGUUACGUCUCUGGUUCACCUGUUGAAGACGGUCCGGUUGCUGCGGUUGCUACGGUUGCUUCAGAAGUUGGACCGUUACUCUCAGUACAGCGCCAUGGUGCUCACGCUGCUCAUGUCCAUGUUCGCUCUGCUGGCGCACUGGAUGGCCUGCAUCUGGUACGUCAUCGGAAGCAAAGAGAUGGAGCGCAACGCUAACCAAGACGACUGGGACAUCGGAUGGCUGCAUGAGCUUGGUAAGCGCCUGGAGACUCCGUACGUAAACAGUACGUUUGGAGGUCCGAAUGUACGAAGUGCCUACAUCGCCUCGCUGUACUUCACCCUGAGCAGCCUCACCAGUGUGGGAUUUGGGAACGUCUGCGCCAACACGGACGCUGAGAAGAUCUUCUCCAUCUGCACGAUGCUGAUCGGAGCGCUGAUGCACGCGGUGGUGUUUGGAAAUGUGACGGCCAUCAUCCAGCGCAUGUAUUCCCGCCGCUCGCUGUAUCACACGCGCAUGAAGGACCUGAAGGAUUUCAUACGUGUUCACAGACUCCCGCAGCAGCUGAAGCAGCGCAUGCUCGAGUAUUUUCAGACCACGUGGUCCGUUAACAACGGCAUUGAUGCCAACCAGCUUCUGCAUGAUUUUCCGGACGAGCUCCGGGCCGACAUCGCCAUGCACCUGAACAAAGACAUCCUGCAGCUCCCGCUGUUCGAGGGGGCCAGUCGAGGUUGCUUACGUUCGUUAUCGCUGCACAUUAAAACCUCGUUUUGUGCUCCGGGCGAGUAUCUGAUCCGGCAGGGAGACGCGCUUCAUGCUAACUACUUUGUCUGCUCCGGAUCUCUGGAGGUGCUGAAGGAUGGCAUGGUCCUCGCCAUACUUGGGAAGGGCGAUCUGAUUGGCUCAGACCUGCCAGGGCAGGAUCAGGUGAUCAAGGCGAAUGCGGACGUGAAGGCGCUGACGUACUGUGAUCUACAGUACAUCAGUGUGAGAGGUUUGAGGGAAGUGCUGGAGCUUUAUCCUGAAUACGCCAACGUCUUCAGCUCCGACAUCCACCAUAACCUAACAUAUAACCUCAGAGAGGGCAGCGUGGCUGAGGGUCUAACGAGGUUUUCUCGCUCUCCACGAUUCCCUCAUAAUAAUCGAGUGGACUUGAGUGCAUCAGUGGAUGGAAUACAUCCCUGCAUCGUUGAACCAGGUGAAGAAGUGCAUGAUCAUGGUCACCUUUCUUCUGCAUCCAAAUCUCAUCGCAACCUUCUUCUUCCAAACCUUGGCAACCUGUUUGGUGAUGAAUUUCGCCAGUUCAGCGCUUUACGUCACUGCCGUUCACCUGCGAGGGGGAUCUGCAAGAACGUUUCUCCAAAACCGCAGCCCAAAGUAGAGCAUCAUUCCCUCGACGCAUCGACUCUUCUUAAUAAGCCGAGUCAGGAGGGACUCACUGGGCGAAAACCAAAUAAACUGGUCAUUCCUGGAAUCAGCUGCCUUGCAUCACCUGAUCUCAGCCCAAGGGUGGUUGAUGGGAUUGAAGACAACGGACGUGUGUUUCAGUUUAACACUGAGCAAAGCAGCACCAGCACUGGGGCAGGAGAAUCACAAGAUUCUGUUCAGGUGAGUGCCACCCUGCUUCAGGAAACCGAGGAGGUGAGAGAGAGCAUCAACCAACUGAAUGAAAAGGUACCAAAACAAGGUCUGCAGAUGGUGUGUCUGAACCAGGAGGUGUCUCAGCUAACUAAAGACCUGCAUCACGUGAUGCACCUCUUGCAAGCACAGGUUGCUGUUCCUCAUUACACUGCCCCAGUUUCUGCCUAUCCCUACGGACUGCCCGUAGUGCAUCCACAUCCUGCAGAGUACAACGUCGCCCAGGGCCAUCAUCAUUAUCACCAGCAUCCAACUGACCACAAUGUACCUGAGAACAUCCUCCACCUCGGGACAAGUCUGUGGAGCCAGAGCGGUGGAGACCAGACCGGUGCAUCCAAGCAACCUGAAGUUGUUAAAGUCCUUCCUCAUUUUGAUCCUAACAGCGCAUGUGAUGCAACUUGCUGUAAAUCCAGCUCUGCUAACAAUAACACCUCCAUUUUUAUCCCCAACACUGCAAAAGCAACCAGUAUUCAGCAAGUAAAGGAUGCAGUUCACAGCACCAUUACCAGCAUUAGCCGCUCUCAACCAGUCUUGUUCAACAGGAACAAAUCCAAUCAAGCAUGUUCGUCUAAUCUCCACUUGCUCUCCAGCGCUCCAACUUCCACUCAUUCUUUGCUAGUUGCUAAUCGUUCGAAUCCAAAACCCAAAAUUCAUCAACCAGCACUUAGCGAACCAAAUUUGGAAUCAGAUAGCAAUGUUCUGGACCCAGCUGGAGACCCUGCUGGAGACCUGGAUAAGGACGAUGAGGACAGAGAGGAUGCUGCCUUGCUAAGCAAAAUGGAGCACCCCGGUCUUGAGUGUCUGCUCGCAGGUGAGGAAUCUGUGAAGGACAUCGAGUCCUCAGAUUCAGAAUCCGUAUCCAGAUCUGGAAUGCUCGACGUUGGGAUGCAAAAGGACUCUGAAACUUCCUGGUGCCUUGACCUGAUAGACUAAGUGCAGACUCUUCAAACUUUUAUAAAAAAAUGAUCAGAAACUUGUUUGCAGUGAUUUCUUUUACAAGUGACUCUGGAUCAUUUGGGUCCCGUUCCUGCAAAUGUCUGUAAAACUAUGCAAGUCGCAUGUUGAUGUGCUUUAUUAUUU